GUCGAUUUCCUCUUCCGGUUUAUUAACAGAGAUAAGAAUAAUGAAAUUUUAGGUAUUUAGUCGAAUAAAAGCAUUUAAAUGAAUAAUUUAGUAUGGUUUCUUUGAAGGAUUAAUAGUUGAAUUGAAUUCAGAUUUUCCAAUAUGGAUAAACCUGUACCAUCCCCAUACCCCGAUGACCUAGACAGAGGCGAGGAACAGAAUCUAUACAAAAAGCGGACUUAUGAUCCUAAUGAAUAUCCAACAACACGGGAAAACCGUAGCUAUGGAAAUAUUCCAUAUGAGGCCUCUGACUCUGCAUAUUAUUCUACGACAGGUUAUCCACCUUACCAACACUUCCCAUCAAGUUACGGGGCUGAUCCCCAACAGCGUGCAAUGCUCGAUCCAAACCCACCGGACAUUAACCCACUUAUGAUAAGACCAACUCUUUCUCCAUAUAGACAACCGUACUAUGAUUAUACUAACCCAGUCUAUAAUAGCUCUGAACAACCCAGUGAGGAAUAUGGUCUAUCUGCUCAAGCCUACAGACAUGGUCGUCCAGAAAACUAUUAUACAAAAGAAAGAUAUCCAAUGGAUCAUGGAGUCCCUUCUACUGAUAGGAACUAUGGUGUAAGGGAAACAAUUCUGAAUACACCGUCGGGAAGUAUGGACUUGCGGAAUACUCAUUUACCACCAAGCACUGUAGAUUUUCACAACCAGUCAUCUCCAAAAUCUCAAACUGAUGGAAAUAGCUUUAGAGACAUGCAGAGUGGUUAUAAUCAAUCAACUGAUAAUCCGGGCUUUGCGUAUGGCCAGCAAGAAAUUAUGCGGGGAGAAAGUCGAACUGAAAUGGGGAGGGAGGACAGUCGAAUGGAGAUACCAAGGGAAGAAAAACGGACAUCAAGAUUUAUCGAUUCUGAUGCGUUAGAUUUGAGAAAAACGGACAACGUCGGUGAGUACGAAAAUCCAGCUUUGUACGAUUCACAAAGACCAAGAAUUCAUAAAAUGACAGCAGAGCAUUCAGAAGAUUUACAAAAUGUUCAAUCUGAAAAAACACAAAAUCAAGACCCUAAAAGCAUGUCACCUAUUUCUCUAAAUCCAGAGACAGGAAAGGCUAGAAAUUCCAUGGCUACUAAUCUAGGAAUAGAAGAAUUUCCAAGUAUCCUACCCAAAACUGAUUCGUUCAUGAAAAGAGACAGUAGGUAUGGUCAGCCUAUGAAACGAGAAUCAGAUGCAAAUUUAAUAACAGCAGGGACUGUAAAAGGUACAAUUGAUAGAAUGUCAGACAAACCACACAGUGAAUCAAGUAUUGGUGAUGAGGCAGAAGAAAAAACAAAAGAAAAGGGGGAUGAAAGCAGAUCUAGUUCUGUUAAUAAAGACGUUGAACAACCUACAGGAGCUACAAAACUGCCAGAAACAAAGCCAAAUUCAUCUUCUGAAGCGGACUUGAAAAUGGAUGAGAAAAAUGAACAGACACUAAAAAAAACUGGUAGAGAAGAAACUGAAGAAUUAGAUACCACAGGGAGCAGUAGUUCAAAGGAGGGUAACUCUGAUGAAAAAAUGGAUGAUUCUGCAGACGAAACCAAAGACGGCGAAAAUAGUGAAGAUGAGGGAUGCAAGAAAAAUGAUGGACAUAAUUUUAUCUGCGGUUACUGCGAAGAAGUUUUUCUUGAGAAAAAAUUGUUGAUCAGCCAUAAAUGUCCAUCUGUCCCUGAUGACCUGGAUGAUGAAAUUGAUGAAAAAGAUGACAUGGAAAUUCAAGAUGGAGAAAGCAAUGGUUCUAAGAGGAAGGAACAUGAUUUAAAUGGUGGUUCUCCGAAUAAAAAAUCCAAAAGCACAGAUAACUCUGAAUCCGAAGAUGAAGAUGAAUUGUCAGAAAAGGAGGAUGAUAGUUCGGAUAACUCUGGUGAAGAACUUGAAAAAAAUGAGGAAGAAUCAGUUGAAGCAGAAAAAAAGGAAAUUAAGAAGGAAACAAAUACCACUAGCACAGAUGUUCGAAGGUCAGCUCGUAAAAAUAAAGCUAAGGCCAAGAUGCGGGAAUGGAUAGAAGAGGAAGAUGAAGAAGAUCCAUACAUCUGUGGAGAAUGUGGGCAAACUUUUGAUAAAGAACAUUUACUCCUCAAACACAUGAAGCACCACAAUAAUUCCGAUUACGAAGAUUAUGACGAUAGCGAAGAAUCUGCAGAAAAAGUUAGGACACGCACUUCAUCCCGUAUUUCCACUCGGCCAAAACGCAAAGCUGCAAUGCGUAGAAUAAGCUACGAAGAAAAUGCCAUUGCCAGAGAAUCAUUGAGACGUUCCAAACGAUCACUCAGUGUCAAGUAUGAGUCUAACGAUGAGUGGACAGAAGAUAAGAGUAGUCGCAAAAGUAAAACACCACCAAAACCACCAACUACUAAAAUAAAACCAACAGGAUGUCCAGUUUGUGGAGAAGUUUUCAGAGUUCAGGAGGAAUUGAAAGAUCACCUGUUAGGUCAUUGUGAAGAAAUGUAUCCAGAAAAAAAACCUUUGCCUUGUCAGUACUGCGAUAAGUUGUACACCGAAGAAAACUUUUUGGAAAAACAUGAAGAGGUCCAUAUUUUAAACGGCGAUAUCAAAAUAGAAAGAGUCGCUCCGGUGAAAAAAUCAGCUAAAAAGGAUAAAUACAUGUGCUCAGUUUGUUCAAAACUUUUCGACCUGAAGAGCCAGUUGAAGAUUCACGAAAAAAGUCACAGGGAGAAGAAAUAUAAAUGUCCUCAUUGCGACGAAGAAUUCAAAGUUAAAUCAGAUUAUAUGGCACAUAAAAAAACUCAUAAAUUAAAGCAUGAAUAUAAAUGUGAAUUUUGCGGAAAGGACUACGCGUUCAAAAGCGGACUGACCAUUCAUUUGAAAAGUCAUUUAGAGAGACAGACAUUUGAUUGCAUUACAUGUAAUCGCUCCUUCUUCAGCGCAGGUCAUUUAGCCAUUCAUCAAAAAGGUCAUAAACACGCAGGAACCAAAAAACACCGUUGUCAAGAGUGUGGUUACCAAGUUUACGAUGAAGAAAAGUUGUUCCGUCAUCUCGAAUCCCACAUCAAUCAAGAACCUUAUGUUUGUCCAUUUUGCGGGAAGUUAUUCAUGAAGAAAUCAACCUUUGUGAAACACAAGAAAAAGCACAGCGGCGAGAACAUGUGCGAUGUUUGUGGCAAGGCUUUCUCACAUCGAUCAGGAUUAGAUCGUCAUUACACCAUCCACUCGGGUGAAAAACCAUACAAAUGUGAAUUCUGCGACAAAUCUUUCUCGCAGCAAAGUAAUUUGACAACCCACAGUCGACAACACAGCGGAGAAAAACCAUUCAUGUGCGAUGUUUGUGCUCAAUCAUUCACCAAUAAAUGUUCGUUAGUACGUCACAUGACUAAACAUUCAGAAAAUGAGGCACAGUUAGCAGGUGUUACCAUGUUGAACAGAAACUGGGCAUGGGAAAUGGAUACGAAACAUGAAUAUUCAGCAAAUUUAGAUGUGAAACAUGACUAUGGGCCUUUGCCGCCAUUGCCUGGUAAACAUGAUUUUGGGCCUUUGCCACCAUUGCCUCCAAAGCAUGAUUAUGGGGGGAUAUGAUCAAUUUAUAAGAUGAUAUUUUUCUGCAGAAAUGUCAAAUACAUGUCAGUCAUCACUUCCUGUUCGAAUGAUUUGUGAUGUUUCUGAUCAAGUUCAUUUGGAAAUGAUUUGUGAUGUCGCUCAAGUUCAAAUAUUGAUCCUGAAUUUUCAUGAAAAACACCCAGAAGGUGUCAGUGUUGUAGAAGAAAAUAAGAGUAUUCCGGAAUGUGGCUGGACCAUUUUCAAACCAGUCACAGGUUAGGAUUGGCAAUUAUACCUGAGAAGAGAGACUUUAUUGCUGCUUUGUCAAAUUUUUGGAAUCUGUGUUGUGGUGGUAAUUAGAAAGAAAAGAAUAAGAUAAGAAUUUUAAGAAGAGGAGCUACAGUAGAGUUUUCAACUUUUACUAAAAGGGGAUCGUUUCUUUAAAUUCUGUCUAUCCACUGGUUGUCUUUUUUUUUUAUUGCAUUAUCAUUCAAUUCGUCAUAUGGACUUAAAUUUAUGUGAAGAUGUGCUAUUAAUGAAAUAGUUACCACAGAAUAGAUACAGUAAUGAUUCCAAGAGAAUCAUUCAUGCUUAUUUUUAUCAUACAAUUGCUUCAUGGUGUGUGUUUUUCACUAUACAAUAAAUUUUCACGGAAAAAAAUUGUGCUUUUGGGGUUGGAAGUGAUCUUUUGUGAAUGUUGGCCAAUGUGUACAUAUAGUAAGUGCUUUAGAUUCUAUUGACUAUACUAUUAUAUGUUUUUACACUGUUCACAAGAGGCUGAAUUAAAAAAAAAAUUAUAAUAAUGAACUUGGUUAUUUUAAAAAUACUGUCUUUUUAUUGGCUGAAACAGAUUUUGGACCAAUCAAAUGAAAGUACAUGUAUUCUUAAAAUAAUUUAGAUUUAGUGAAUAAAAGAAGGUUUCUGGCUUUUUAUAUACAAUUUUAAUAUAUUGUUCAAUGUAAUAAAACUUGAGUGUAUUGUGUGUUUAUAAUAUUAUUAUCAAUUAAUUAAAUUAAUGAAAGAUGUUUUUAUACCUGUUUGUUCUAGCUGUUAAGUUUUUGCGAGAAGAAAUUUGUGCUGAUUGUGUGAUUUCUGAAAUUGAGAUAAAUAACUCUAUGAUGUUAAUCGGGGAGUAAAUGAAGGCAGUAGAAGCUCUGAUCCAAUGUAUACAUUAUUUCUCCUUCUGGGUUGGGUUGGGUUUUUUUUCACAUCUCUAAAUUUUUGUUUGAAAGAGUAUUUAUAGCAUUAAAAGGACAUAUUUGUUGGCGAUGACAGAAUUACCCAUUACAAAACAUGUUAGAAUUUGUCUGAAAAAUUUAAAUGACGAGCAGUCUUUAAGGAUGAUUCUGAUAAAUCUACAUCAAAUCAUUUGAUUCAAAUGUUAAUUAUAUUGCCAUCAGUAAGAAGGUCUGAUCUUAAUUCAAAUUACAGGACAAUAUUCUCAAAUGAUUUUUUAAAAUUUUAGUGAGCUUGUUCAUUGGGACGUAUGGAAGAAUUCAAUUUAGGACUAUUUUAUGCGUUCCCAUUGAAAUUACUAUUUAAAAUAAACCAAAUAUAUUAUUAUUUAAUGAUAAAUAUUUUCAUGAAGUCCUUCAAUCGAACAUCAUUUAGAUACUGAAUGUCAUGAAAAUGCCCCUAAAUGAGAACUAAAAAGAUGGUGAUGGAGCUUCUUCUCCUUUCAUUCUACUGCCUUGUAUUAUGAGUACAUUAUUCUUUUAUUGUAUAAAUGUAAUCUGAUUGUUGAUUUUUGUGUUUUUAUGAGCAUUGUCAUAUAAUGGCCAUUUAAGAUAUAACUAACAUAUUUAUAAAUGUUUAUAGGGCCCUAUUACUAUGAAUUGAUUAGAGUUCAUUGUUUCUAAUAGUUGAAUAUGAGUUCAUUAUUACUAAUAAUUGAAUAUAAGUCCAUUAUUACUAAUUAAAAAUGAGAGUCCAUUAUUACUAAUUAAAUAAGAGUCCAUUAUUACUAAUAAUUGAAUAAGAGUCCAUUAUUACUAAUAAUUGAAUAAGAGUCCAUUACUAAUAACAAUAUUUUAGUCUAUUUUUAAGGCUGAAUUUAAAAUAAUUGAAAGGUCUGUUUUGAAGUGUGUGGACAAACUGGUGGAUUUAUUUACUUUGUAUUCACGAUCUGAAACUCUUAGAUGGUUUUUCAAAAAAAUACUAAAACAGGAAAUUUAUUGGCACCAGUGUUCUUAUAUAUGCUGCAUAUAUAAACAAUACUGUUUGUAGCAAAAGCAAUUAUGGUCUGGGUAAGCUAGACAUUAAAUAAAUCUUUAAUUUUAACCUGAGUAAUUAAUAUACAAGGAAUGGAAUAAAUGCUGAAUGAGAUGAGCCAGGUCAGUGUAUAUUUCUCUUACACCCAGAAAAUUACAGAAUCAUUUUGUUCGUCAUUUACAGUUCCAAAUGCAAACAGUUUGGCUAUCUUGUCAGUUAAACUCAGUCCCAACCCAGAUCUAGCUUUUGUCCACAGAAGAAACAUUCUUGGUAUUUUUGUCAAUGAUUUAUGCAUUUAAAACAACUUUUACCGAUACAUAUAAUAUGUUGUGAAAUCUGGGAUUUCUCCUUUAAACAACCAUACUAUACUCUUCAAAAAAAAAGUAGGGGAUAUUGAAAUGCAAAUACCUAUGCAGGUUGUGAUAUGAUAAAUAGUCAUUGACACUUGACAUGCUUUGAGAGUAUGUUCACAGAUGAAGAACAUAUCGCCCCAACAGAACCACUGAGCUGCACAUGCGAAACGCAAUAGCGCCAUACACGUGGGUUCAUUGUCAAAUUUGACACUUCAAGGAAGGGUUGAUGAAAACUGCUGCUUGCUGGUUUAUCCUAUCCAUGUUUGCUUUCCUAUCGGUUCUUGCAUAAGAUUUACUGUUUAGCGUAUCUUUGCUUUAGUGUAUUACGUUUAAUUUGAUCCGGAGACCUGUUCGUCGACGUCAACUGACAACCGACAACACUGCAAGAAUUGGCCGUGGCACUGCAAGAGGAGUGGGUCAGAUUGCCCGAAAUCGUGAUUGGACUGUUGAUUUUAAGCAUGCCAUGACGAAUUGCUGAAUGUCUGAGGAUUGGUGGAACAAUUACCCAUUAUUGAGACAAAAAUCAAAGACGUCCAUUUUCACUUUUGACAGUGUAUCUCUUUGUGAGUGAAAUGAGGCCGUCAGAUAAGCCGCCCAUAUGAACUGUUUAUGUUCAUGUGUAGGCAAUUGGCCUAUUAUUAACAUACACUGGUUACCUCUAAUAAAAACAGCAGUGCAUUUCCCCUACUUUUUUUGAAGAGUAUAUAAUGAAACCAAUCCUGAAAUUACUGAAAUCUGAUUAAUUGUUUAAGUUUGAUUUAAUUUUUUUAUAAGUUAAGUUUAUAAUAUUGUGUUUGUUAUUAAUUAUAUCAUAAUCUUGUUUUAAUGUUGUUAAACUGCUUUUAUAUUUGCAUUUUUGUAGUAGAUUUGGGCAAUAGCAGCUUUUUUUAUUCCUGUACUAGAAGUACUGUCACAUCAUUUGUUAAUAUUAGAGUACAUUUGAUAAAGAUUUUUCAUGCAUUCAAUACAAAUCAGCAUCUAUAUAUUAUAUGAUAUAUUUUUGUUGUGGAUUCAAGUUAUUGCUUUGCUUUUAUUGUUCUUCUACUCUAAUGACACAAUUUGAUUUGACUUUCAAAAAUUCACAGCUUCAUCAAAUGUUAUAUAACACCUGGGUCUUAUCCAUAAAAACUUGUGUAUUGUCUUUUCAUUGACUGAGAAUUCAAUUAUGUUUCUUUUUAAUUUUGAUGUUCUGUUACAUUGAUAUUUGACAUAUUGAUCAAUCAAGUCACUCGUAUUGGUAUGCAGGGCUGCACUGUAUAAUCAUUUUAAAAACCAAAUAUAUAAGCAAUGGGUUUACAGUUGGAGUAUGAUUGGCUGACACUAUUAGAAUUUUUCCCAAUAUGGCUGUACUAAUAGGUUAGGUUAAAAUUAAGUGUAGUUUUAAAAAAUUAAAAAACAAAACUAAAUUGUCACAAUUUUAAUAACAAUGCCAAAAUACAAAUCUCCAGUAAAAAAUAAUUGGUAUAUCAAAAUGGGCUAUGUCCUAAAAGAAAUUCUAUUCUGCUAAAAAGAAUUCUUAAAACUUUACUGUUAACCCUUGACUGUGGACUUUGCACUGUAGGUCUCAUAAACCAAAGCGCAAAAUCAGAGACUUAGAAGGUUAACACUUCUUAGGUUUUUUAUAAACAGAUCUUAACCAUAAACUCUCCAUGAAAGAUAAAUUCUAUUAAAUUAUUCACUUAGGCUUUAUUAUAACAUGUAGCUUAUAUAUUAGACUGAAGGGUUUCACUAUGUCUGCGAUAUCACCUCGGUGGAAGCGGACGUAAAAUACAACUAACAACAACAACACUAUAAUUUGCAGCUGGAGCUAUAUUGACCAGCACCUUUUCUGAAAUACACCUUAAAUGCAAAGCAAAGAACCUUAAAAUGAGGAUUAACUGUAAUUUCUUUUGUCAGUACAAAAGUAUUAUAUUCCACACUGUCUAUAAAUCUAAAUAAAUACAAUUAGAAGAUGUUCUUAUCUUUCAUGAUUUCAUUGUGCAUUUUUCACUUUUUAUAAUCAUUGUACAGUUUUACCACAAGGCCAAACCAAUUUGAUUUUUGUUAACAUUUGGAGAAGAACAGGGAAAUGAAUAAUGUUUCUAAAUUUUCAAGAAGUAGGAAGCACAUUUUUCAUAAUUGAUCUGAAAAACUAAAAUUUAAAUUGGUGUGGCAUAAAGUUGUAUAAGCAUGGGAUAUUUUUCAUAGCUAUAAACUGGGUUAUGACCCCCUUGAUAUUCUACACACAUUUGUAAGGGAGCUGUUAGUUUGUUUAAAUGCCAUAAAAUUAGGUAUUUUAAUAAAUUUAGCCAGAAAACACAAAUCAAUGCAAAGUUUAAUUUGUAUUUUGUGUAAACAGUUAAAAACCCGUUUAUAUGAUAAGGUUGUUAUAUUCUUUGAGAAAAAUCUCUUAGGAUCACUAAAAUAAGUAAAAACUUGUAAAUCUGGCAAUGUUUUGAAAUUAGUGAGCUCUUAUUUUCACUGUGAUUCCAAACAAUUGCAAUAUGGUUGCGAGAAUUUUAGAAACUAUACAUUUACAUUGUGGUAUUGAAUAUACAGAUAAACUUAUAUAAAUUUUUGUAUUACCAGUUUUAAUGGGGGUGUAUAUUGCUGUCGUCUGCAUCUGUGUUCCGGUCAAUACAGAGUUCUUAUCCAAAUAAAAGUGUUCAUUCUGUUGCGAUAAAACAAGAAAUUAACAACUCAUUAAUUUCAUUAAAGUACAAGCUAGAUAAUAAAAUUUUAAAACUUAAUUUUAAACCACAAACUUGUUGCCUCUUUAUUUAUAAGUUUCAAGUUUUCAGUAGCAUGGUGUUCAUUAUGUCAUGAAAUCCAAAAUAUUUCUUCAAUGUUUGUAGUAAUAUUUGGAUAAAUUUGCUACUGCAAUAACUCUGCUUCUGAUUUAGGUAGAAUGCUCAAACUUGGUGUAGAUGUGCUUUAGGUACCGGUAAAUGUAUGACAGAGUUUGAAGAUGAGAAGUUUCUUCCCAGGUUAAGCAGAGUACUAUACAAUUUGAUUGAAAUGUGAUAACCCUGAUUCUGAUUUAUGAAAUGAGAGUGUAUAGUUUCAUAACAUCAUGACCUAAACUAAGUUCAAUAAUGAGCAUUUUCUGCUUAGACUAAAUACAGUGUUAAGCAAUUUGAUUGCUAGAUUUUUUGUAAAAAGAUAAAUAUUUAUUUUGGGAUAGUGGCGAGGGAUUUCAAACUCACUGUUGGCUUGUUUUUUUUAAUUUUCAAAUCUUUAAAAUUUUGAGCCAACAAUAUGAGAAAAGCAAGCAAAUUUUCUUUUGUUGGCCAAAACAAAAUUAAAAUUCUAACUAAAAUUUAAAUUAAUGUACACUUACAUUUGUAUUUCUGCUUCAUUACAUUAAGAGUCUUGUGUUUAUAUUAUUUGUUUAUAUGGUGUUUUAUGUUAAGAGUUACCCUAUAGUAUAUAAACAAUUUAACUAAUAUAUAAAAGUGUAUAAACAUCAAUUAAUAGAAUUAAUUAAAUUAUUGAUCAUAAUUCUGUUUUGCUUUUUUAGUACCCUACAAAUAAAAUUUGUAAUAAUAAUGAAUUUUAAUGUAAAUAACUCUUUGUUUAGGGCAAAAAGUUAUCCAAAAUUAUUAUGAUAGUAACUGAACCUCGUACACAUACUAAUUUAUUGUCCUUGAUGUCAAUUCUGUUUAAGUGGACAUUAAAUGCCGUAACCAAUAACAAUUUUUAUUCGUUAUAAAUUAGGGGUUCUCAACACAAAAAAGCACAAAAAUUUUAACAAUAUAUAUGAAUUCAAACAAGAUGUGGUACCAGGUGUUCCAGAAAUAGUAAACAUACCUUACUUUUGCACAAAUUGGUGUCCUUAAACGGUUGUUAUUAAAUAACAUUAAACUGAAUUAUGAUCUUAUUUAUAUAAGUAAAAUGAGUUAUUAUAUAAUUGUUUCAUCAAAAUUAGCAUAAUACUAAAACUAUAUUACUCUAUAUAUUUAAUUUGUUGUUGAUUUAAAAUGAUUUAUAUAUGUAUUGAAACUGAAAUAAAUAUAUGUAUUCAUAA